AAUUCGAUGCCGGCCGCCCACAACCUCAAUUGACCGGACUUGAACACCACGACAACUCAAGGGUACUAACCUCGCAGCACAAACAAGAUGGCUCGCUUCCAGGAAUACCAGAUCAUCGGGCGCCAUCUGCCCUCAGAGGCCAACCCCACCCCUAAGAUCUACCGUAUGCGCAUUUUUGCGCCCAACGAGGUCGUCGCCAAGUCGCGGUUCUGGUACUUCCUUGGCAAGCUCCGCAAGAUCAAGAAGGCCAACGGCGAGAUCGUCUCGGUCAACCAGAUCCACGAGAAGCGCCCCCAGAAGGUCAAGAACUUCGGUAUCUGGAUCCGUUACGACUCGCGCUCCGGCACCCACAACAUGUACAAGGAGUACCGUGAGAUGUCCCGCGUUGCCGCCGUCGACGCUCUUUACCAAGAUAUGGCCGCCCGUCACCGAUCCCGCUUCAGGUCGGUUCAGAUCCUCAAGGUUGUUGAGCUCGAGAAGACCGACGAUGUCCGCCGACCAUACCUUAAGCAGCUCCUCGUCAAGGGCCUCAAGUUCCCGCUGCCCCACCGCAUCAACAAGAAGGCCGGCAAGAAGGUCUUCGCCUCCAAGCGCCCAUCAACUUUCUUCUAAGCGUCUUUCUCAUUACGGAGUGCGGUCUGGAUGGGUAGGGAUGAUAUGGGUUUCCCUCGGUUAUGCAUGCUUCACAAAAAGAAGUACAAUAGGAACGAAUGAAAAUCCCUGAUACCUCCAUCCGAGCUGUCGAGUCGUGUGAUGCAUUCGGGAAUUGGCCCAGGCUCCGCGAACGAGUCUUAGGCGAUUGCGGCUAAGAACAGUAGUGAGGUUAUUCUGGUGGGACCAGCGAUAGACAAUGAAUCAUGCAAUCACGGUUAAAAGUCCUCGUUG